GAAGAAGAAAAGGCCGCACCAGCCCCGGUGGCCGCACACACACACACACACACACACGAGGGAGCAUCUCGGACGGGAAAGGGGACCGGACUUCACGCUUACGACGAUCACGAAACGAACCCCACUUUCUCUCUCUCUCUCUCUCUCCAUUUUUCCACAAUGUUUUUUCGGGAGGCGUUUUCCGGAGAAAAAGACGCGAGAAUCUCCGCGGAAUUUGCUGUCCGUCCCGAGAAACACCGCCACCAUCAUCAUCAUCUUCUAUCAUAUGUCUCCGGGGGAGGGAGGGGGAGGACGAACCGCAUACUUCUGGGCGUUUGGGAUUUUUUGUUUUUUGUCUUCUCGGGGGGGAACGGCGUUCUGGUCAUUUCUGGAUGGAUGGGAUGGGAUGGGAUGGGAUGGGAUGGGAUGGGAUGGGACGCCCUCCUCCCAUCUUUUUGUCUUUUAUUUGUUUAUUUGUUCGGCUUUCUCGUGGUCGAAUUCAGCGUCGCCAGAACGUCGCCGUCGUCAGAGCCAGAGGGCGAGAGAGAGGUAGAGAGAGAGAGAGAGGGAGGAUGAGAGGAUGGAUGAGAGGAUGGAUGAGCCCAUCCAUCAUCACCGUCAUCGUCGUCCCCCGCUCGAUUUUCUCCCUUCGCACCUUUUUCGCCCCGUGUAUUUAUUCUCCAAAGACAUUUCCUCUCACUUCAUUCUUAUCUCUU